AUUACAAUCGCUUUGUCAGCGACUCGCCAUCGAGCUCGCAAUUGUGAUUGCAAUGGACUCAGUCGGCAAGUAAAAUCUCUUUGCCGAGCUUUACCCCACAUAGUCGAUACCCAAGUGCGAUAUGACCAUUUCCAUCAGCGAUCACGCAAACGGGCAUGCAAAUGGUGUCAAGCGUCACUCAAAGCGCUCAUCUGAGCUCGGUUUUUCUACGCGAGCUAUUCAUAUAGGCUCAGAGCCAGACCCCACAACCGGCGCUGUCAUUCCUCCCAUAUCCCUCAGCACGACGUACAAGCAGGAUGAAGUAGGCGUGCACAAGGGCUUUGAAUAUUCUCGUUCUGGCAAUCCAAAUCGCGAUGCAUUAGAGCGCACACUUGUAGGCCUGGAGGCAGGCGCGGGACAUGCUAUUGCGUUUGCUUCUGGCAGUGCGACCACAGCGACCAUCUUGCAGUCUCUAGGUCCAAACUCACACGUCUUAAGUGUGAAUGAUGUCUACGGUGGUACGUUCAGGUACCUCACGAGGGUUGCGAAGGAAACUAUGGGUACCGAGACGACGUUUGUCGACUUGGAGAAUGCAACAGACGAUGAAAUACUAGGUGCUAUGAAGGAGAAUACCAAGCUUAUCUGGAUCGAAUCACCAACAAAUCCCACACUCCGACUAAUUGACAUUCCGCGCAUAGUAGCUCUCGCUCGCCAGGCUCCAUCAAAGCCUCUCGUUCUCGUCGAUAAUACCUUCCUCUCGCCAUUCUAUGCCUCCCCACUCUUGCAGGGCGCUGACAUUGUUAUACACUCCCUCACCAAAUAUAUCAAUGGUCAUUCUGACGUCAUAAUGGGCGCCGCCAUCCUUCCCUCCUUAUCCACACCAGACAGAGACUACGACGACCUCGUCCAAAAGCUCCGAUUCCUCCAAAAUGCGCACGGUGCCGUCCCGAGUGCAUUUGAUUGUUGGCUCGCCCAACGCGGCGCCAAAACUCUCGCAGUACGCAUGAAAGCCCACGGUUUGAAUGCACUCCGUGUGGCUUCCUUCCUAACUUCGCACCCCGCGGUCGAGCAUGUCAUCUACCCCGGUCUCGCCUCUCACCCACUACACGCCCUGGCACGCGCCUCCCUCAGCCCACACACAGAGCAGUUCCUUAGCACCAUACCAUCAUCGAGCCUGGUGCACGGUAUACCCUACGGCGGAAUGGUCUCGUUCCGCGUACGUGGUGGUGCAAGAAGUGCAGAAGCACUCCUCCCGAGGCUGAAGUUGUUCACGCUCGCUGAGAGUUUGGGUGGUGUGGAGAGUCUUGCGGAAUUACCUGCCCGUAUGACACAUGCGAGUAUCCCGCCGGCGGAGCGUGAGGCUUUGGGUAUUGAGGGUUUGGUGCGCUUGAGCUGCGGGAUUGAGGAAGCGGAGGAUUUGGUGGAAGAUUUGAGGGGUGCGUUGGAUGAGCUGGAGGAUGUGGAUAGUGGGUUCGGGAGCGGAUCGGUGACGCCGUCCGAUGUGAGUGAUGAUGCGCCUGGUGGUGCGAAUGGGCUGCAUUGAUUUUGGACUCGUGUUUUGGAGAUGGAUAUAGAUAUUACCGUAAUCGUUUCUGUAUUUCGAGUGUUUAUUAGAUGGUGUAUUAGUUUAUCAGAUAUAGUUGUUCAUUGUUCAUUGUACAAUAAAUCCAUAAUCUCCAAACAUCUCAAAAACA